AAAACUCACAGGAAGAUGAAGUAAACGGAAGCAGAGAGGAUGAGUCGAAGCGAAAGGAUUUACGCCGCCCAAAAUCGGUCUUCGUGAGAUAAGGUUUAGUAGUGUCGAAAUACGUUGAAACUUAUUCAAUCGAAUAUACGUUUCGUAAUGUUUAGGCUAUUUGAAAUGUACGGAUAUAAGUGGACGCAUGUGGAAUUCAGGCAACUGAUGAAUACGACUUAGUUGUGUAUAAUCUUUACGGAAAUUAAGUGUCCAAGAACAAUUUCCACGUUCGCGUUUUUAUUGUUAUUUAGGCGUGUAUUAACACCCAACUAAAAUAUUACUAAUUUGACUGCAUAGCAUCACAUACUUAAUUCGCAUUGGAGACAUAACUUGGUUGAUAGAUGUUAUCUAGGUAACACUGGCUAGCUGCUAACAAUGGCUAACUGUAUGGUUUUUCACACUCAAAUAGCCUCCAUCAUGGAGGUGUUAGCGAAUGCAGCCGUGGCAGAGAUCUGUAAACUCGUAGACGACGACUAUGCAGUGUUUCGUUUGGAAAUAACUCAAAGCCAGAAAGAAAACAGGUCAUUGCGGAGGAAACUACUGGAACUGAAGGUGGCACGGGAGCGCGCAGAGAGGACAAUGCGAGAGCGCGUCCUCGCCAGUCGGCCAAGUAUCAAGAUCCUUGACAGAUACAGAGGAAUAGCAAGAGGUGAAGGACAUCUCACUGGAGGCCACAGGAACUUUGUGAAGCCAUCGGGACCCAAUACAUUGAGAGAUGACCAACCAAUCACUGUUGAUGAGGGGAAUGGAGCCUCAACCCAGCACAUUAUCGUGAUCGAGUCUGCAGAGGUUGCAGGUUCUGGGGUCAAGCAGGAGAGGUCUGAAGGAGAGGAGGACACACUGCAAAUCCAGACUGGAUUGGCUGGAGCUCCCCCUGUAGCCACGGAUGAACCCGAGACCACCCCAGCGCAGCCCAAGACACGACGCAGUGUGACGGAGGUCAGUGGAACGCUGAACACCGUCCUCAAGUCAGAGACCGACACAGAGACUUUAACUGUAACACAUAGGCUUUUACACACAGGAUCUGACCAAAUGUCAGACCCAGAGAGACUGGGGCUGGGGAGACUGGGCUGCACUCCUGCUCCCGCCUCAGAGUAUUUACUUUAUGGAAACCCGAGCCCGAGGACGGUUCAUUCCCAUCCGGACUCAGGUGGCGCGUCAGAGACUGGUAAUGAUCCGUCUUGUUCUUACACUUCAGAGAUGGACCCUAGCAACAUUCCGUUGGUUUUAGAGGCACAGACUGAUCUGUCUAGACGGGAUUGGAACCGGUGCAGUAGAAGUGUAUACUCUGAAGGGUGCCUAUAUAAAGCAGGGGAGGGUAUGGCCGUAGAUGAAGUGACUGUGAAAGUGGAGGGCGACAUUCCUCCCACAUGGAAUGCAGAUAGUCUCCUAGGAGAUGGACACUCACAGGGCAGAUAUUUCUUAGAUUACAGGGAAAGCUUGGAGACAAAUCCAAAUGUCGCUACCCACUACCCUUUACACACGCUCAGGGAUCGCGACCCUUUGUCCACGUCGAUGGGGCCUUCUGAUUCACAUGGCAGCGUCCUCUUCGAUCAGGUAUUGAACUCAAACGACAGGACUAGAGCCCAGGAUCAGAGAGGGGAAGCUACAUCAGGCAAUAGCAAAGAUAAACGGUUCCUCUGCAUGUUCUGUAACAAAGGCUUCAGCUGCCCCCAGAAGGUGGAGAUCCACCAGAGGGUACACACGGGGGAGAAACCCUACAGCUGUACCCAGUGUCACAUGCGCUUCACCCAGGCUGGAAACCUGAAGAGGCACCAGAGGGUGCACACUGGGGAGAAACCCUAUGGCUGUACCCAGUGCCACAUGCGCUUCGCCCAGGCCGGUCACUUGAAGAUGCACCUAAAGGUCCACACGGGAGAGCGGCCGUUCACUUGUACACACUGCGGGAAGAGGUUUUCAGAGAGGAGCUACCUCAGGAUACACCAGCAGAAAAAACACUCCACUCUAUAACCAUUCCACUCGAUAGCUUCUGAGGUUUAGAAUAACAGGAGUAACAGAUUCCAGGUGUUAAAUAUUCCUGGGUAGAAUGUUGCAUCCAGACAUUGGCAUAUAUAAGCCUACAAAUCUGUUACAGAUUGUGUUUGUACUGGGCUAUAUGAUGUUCACAAAUGCCCAUUUCAUUACUUCCAUUAGACUACUUAUUUUUUUUCCCAAGACACUUUUAAUGAGAAAAUGAGUGCAGUUUAUCAAGUUCAUGCCUAAUGUUUUGUUGAUUGUACAGUGGGGCAAAAAAGUAUUUUCUGUCUCUCACAGACCUGUAACUUCUUUAAGAGACUCCUCUGUCCUCCACUCGUUACCUGUAUUAAUGGCACCUGUUUGAACUUGUUAUCAGUAUAAAAGACACCUGUCCACAACCUCAAACAGUCACACUCCAAACUCCACUAUGGCCAAGACCAAAGAGCUGUCAAAGGAAACCAGAAACAACAUUGUAGACCUGCACCAGGCUGGGAAGACUGAAUCUGCAAUAGGUAAGUAGCUUGGUUUGAAGAAAUCAACUGUGGGAGCAAUUAUUAGGAAAUGGAAGACAUACAAGACCACUGAUAAUCUCCCUCGAUCUGGGGCUCCACGCAAGAUCUCACCCUGUGGGGUCAAAAUGAUCACAAGAACGGUGAGCAAAAAUCUCAGAACCACACGGGGGGACCUAGUGAAUGACCUGCAGAGAGCUGGGACCAAAGUAACAAAGCCUACCAUCAGUAACACAAUACGCCGCCAGGGACUCAAAUCCUGCAGUGUCAGACUUGUCCCCCUGCUUAAGCCAGUACAUGUCCAGGCCCGUCUGAAGUUAGCUAGAGAGCAUUUGGAUGAUCCAGAAGAAGAUUGGGAGAAUGUCAUAUGGUCAGAUGAAACCAAAAUAUAACUUUUUGGUAAAAACUCAACUCGUCGUGUUUGGAGGACAAAGAAUGCUGAGUUGCAUCCAAAGAACACCAUACCUACUGUGAAGCAUGGGGGUGGAAACAUCAUGCUUUGGGGCUGUUUUUCUGCAAAGGGACCAGGACUACUGAUCUGUGUAAAGGAAAGAAUGAAUGGGGCCAUGUAUCGUGAGAUUGAGUGAAAACCUCCUUCCAUCAGUAAGCGCAUUGAAGAUGAAACGUGGCUGGGUCUUUCAGCAUGACAAUGAUCCCAAACACACCGCCCGGGCAAUGAAGGAGUGGCUUCGUAAGAAGCAUUUCAAGGUCCUGGAGUGGCCUAGCCAGUCUCCAGAUCUCAACCCCAUAGAAAAUCUUUGGAGGGAGUUGAAAGUCUGUGUUGCCCAGCAACAGCCCCAAAACAUCACUGCUCUAGAGGAGAUCUGCAUGGAGGAAUGGGCCAAAAUACCAGCAACAGUGUGUGAAAACCUUGUGAAGACUUACAGAAAACGUUUGACCUCUGUCAUUGCCAACAAAGGGUAUAUAACAAAGUAUUGAGAUACACUUUUGUUAUUGACCAAAUACUUAUUUUCCACCAUAAUCUGCAAAACAAAAUCAUAAAAAAUCCUACAAUGUGAUUUUCUGGAUUUUUCUUUCUCUCAUUUUGUCUGUCAUAGUUGAAGUGUACCUAUGAUGACAAUUACAGGCCUCUCAUCUUUUUAAGUGGGAGAACUUGCACAAUUGGUGGCUGACUGAAUACUUUUUUGCCCCACUGUAUGUGUGGUUUUCCUAUGGGGUAUUUAAGUUGUUUGUUUAAUAAAUACAAAAUUUGACUUCA